AUGGGAAAUUCAACUUCAAAGCAACCGAAGGGAAAAGAGGGAGCCUUACCCAGGUCCGAUACAAUGACUAGUACGCGUUCCGUGAGGUCGUUCCGAAGUCGAAGAAGUCUCUCGAAGGACUCGUCGCAACAUUUAAACGACGCUGGAUCGUUUAAGCCUUCGCAAAGUUUUGACAAUAGAAGCAGGAAAUCAUCCUUUAGAAAUGAUAUAAAGCCCACAAUAACACCAAUAAUGGGAGCAUCUACAGACAGACUUAGCGGAGAAUUCGGCAGUCUGUCAGUUGGCGAUGAUUACAACUUACAAUUGCCUCCCUCCAUGAUACAAAUGGAACCAAGACAACCCAUAUUAAAACAACAAGAUAUAACCAAUGGAGUUUCUAACACGAGUCCUGAACAGCAUUCUGGGUUUAAUAAUACCGGAUUAAGCAGCUAUACGAGCUCUCCGUCUUCGCCUAUAAAUACACCCCAUUUAACGGUCACUCAAGGAAGCAGCACCAGUUUAACUGCUCUAAGUCACAGUAACAACAACAAUAGCAGUGGUGCUAACACUCCAAAGUCAUCACACUCCAAUAUUAAUUCUCCUGCUAAUUCCGAUUCCGUUUCAACAAUGUCAACUUCUGUCCCAAAAACUACUUUAAUGACAAGUAGAGGUGUGGUUAUUAAUAUUGAGGAUAUUAUACAGCGGCUACUAGAUGCUGGUUAUUCUGGAAAAAGAACCAAAAAUAUAUGUCUUAAAACCAGUGAGAUAUCUGUGAUAUGCUCAAAGGCUAGAGAGCUAUUUUUGUCGCAACCUCCUCUCUUAGAAUUAUCACCACCCGUUAAAAUUGUAGGUGAUAUACAUGGUCAAUUUGGAGAUUUAAUUCGAAUGUUCACCAAGUGUGGAUUCCCCCCUGCUUCAAAUUAUUUAUUUUUAGGUGACUAUGUUGAUAGAGGGAAACAGUCUUUAGAAACGAUUUUGCUACUGUUAUGUUAUAAGAUCAAGUAUCCAGAGAAUUUCUUCUUAUUAAGGGGAAAUCAUGAAUGUGCUAAUGUGACUAAAGCUUAUGGGUUUUACGAUGAGUGCAAAAGAAGAGCCAAUUUGAAAACAUGGAAGAUGUUUGUGGAUACUUUUAAUACUUUGCCUAUCACCGCUGUCAUUGCAUCAAAGAUCUUUUGUGUUCAUGGCGGAUUAUCACCAAUGUUAAAUUCCAUGGACGAUAUAAAGAGGAUUCAAAGGCCUACUGAUGUACCUGAGUUUGGACUGCUAAACGAUCUGCUCUGGUCAGAUCCUGCUGACACUUCAAAUGAAUGGGUCGAUAAUGAACGAGGUGUCUCAUAUUGUUUCAACAAAAUAGCCAUAAACAAGUUCUUGAACAAGUUUCAAUUUGAUCUGGUGGUGAGGGCGCAUAUGGUGGUUGAAGACGGAUAUGAGUUCUUCAACAACAGGUCACUUGUCACCGUCUUCAGCGCGCCAAAUUACUGUGGAGAGUUUGAUAAUUGGGGAGCUGUCAUGAGUGUCUCAGAUGAACUCUUAUGUAGCUUUGAACUACUAGAUCCCUUAGACAGUGUUGCAUUGAAACAGGUAAUGAAGAAAGGUAAGACUGAACGAAGGAAUGCUACAUUGCAAAGCCAGGGACCAAACUCCUCAGUAAGCAAUGGUGCUAGUUCGAUAACUUAA